ACCAGUUUGCAGCUUCCUGUUUGGCUUGCAGGCGGACAUGAACUUGUUUUCUUUCAUCUGUCUCGUUAAUUCCCAUUAGUUUGUCAGCAUUCUGUUUGAAAAAAAGUCAAAGACACCAGGUAGAAGAUGACGGACACGGGGAGUCGGCUCCGGAAGCAGCUGGAAUCGGCCAACUUCGACCCGCAGAACUACGUGAAGCAGCUGUCGCAGCAGUCCGACGGCGACCGGGACCUGCAGGAGCAUCGGCAGAAAAUCCAGACGCUGGCCGACGAGACGGCCCAGAACCUCAAGAAGAAUGUCUACAAGAACUACAGGCAGUUCAUCGAGACGGCCAAGGAGAUCUCGUACCUGGAGAGCGAGAUGUACCAGCUGAGCCACAUCCUGACGGAGCAGAAGAGCAUCAUGGAGAGCAUCACCCAGGCGCUGCUGUCCGCCGACAAGGACGAGACCUCCAAGGAGAUGCUGGCGGCUUUCCCCAAGGAGACGGACGAGCUCAAGCAGAGGACGCUCACCUCGCUGCUGGAGAAGGUGGAGGGGGGUAAGAACAUCAUGGACACCCCGGGCAGGCACCUGGUCUACAACGGGGACCUGGCUGAGUUUGAUGUGGACAACAUGGCCCCCAUCCAGAAGGUCCACGCUUUCCUGAUGAACGACUGCCUGCUGAUCGCCACUUGGCUGCCCAACCGCCGGGGCACAGUCAAGUACAAAUACAAUGCCUUGUACGAUCUGGAGAGCUUCGCCGUGGUCAACGUGAAGGACAACCCGCCCAUGAAGGACAUGUUCAAGAUCCUCAUGUUCCCGGACAGCCGCAUCUUCCAGGCGGAGAACAGCAAGGUGAAGAAGGAGUGGCUGGAGAUCUUGGACGAAACCAAGAAGAACAAAGUGACAAAGGACAGGCACAAGAAAGAGGAGGAGGCCCCCAACUCUCCGGCCAGGCCCGAGGUGUCCACCAACCCCUUCGACGAGGACGACGACGAGCCGGCUGACGCAGAGGAGAGCGUGGACCUGAGUCUGGAGUGGAUCCAGGAGCUCCCAGAGGAUCUGGACGUCUGCAUCGCCCAGAGGGACUUUGAGGGCGCCGUGGACCUGCUGGACAAGCUCAACGAGUACCUGAAGGAGCAGCCGGUCACUCCGAAGGUCAAAGAGCUCAGGUCCAAGGUGGACGAGCGCGUGCGCCAGCUGACGGAGGUGCUGGUGUUUGAGCUGUCCCCGGACCGGUCGCUCCGCGGCGGACCCAGAGCCACCCGGCGGGCCGUGUCCCAGCUCAUCAGACUAGGCCAGUCCACCAAGGCUUGCGAGCUUUUCCUGAAGAACCGAGCCGCCGCCGUCCAGACGGCCAUACGGCAGCUCCGCAUCGAGGGGGCCACGCUGCUCUACAUCCACAAACUCUGCAACAUCUUCUUCACCAGCCUGCUGGAGACGGCCAAGGAGUUUGAGAUGGACUUUGCAGGGAACACGGGCUGCUACUCGGCCUUCGUGGUCUGGUCCAAGUCAGCCAUGAAGAUGUUUGUAAAUGCCUUCAGCAAGCAGGUGUUUGACAGCAAGGAGAGCCUGUCCACCGCAGCAGAGUGCGUCAAAGUGGCCAAGGAGCACUGCAAGCAGCUGAGCGAGAUCGGCCUGGACCUGACCUUCACCCUGCAGUCCCUCCUGGUCAGAGACAUCAAGGCCGCCCUGCAGAGCUACAAGGACAUCAUCAUCGAAGCCACCAAGCACCGCAACUCCGAAGAGAUGUGGAGGAGGAUGAACCUCAUGACCCCCGAGGCGCUCGCCAAGCUCAAGGAGGAGAUGCGCAGCUGCGGCAUGGGCAGCUUUGAGCAGUACACGGGCGACGACUGCUGGGUGAACCUGAGCUACACGGUGGUGGCCUUCACCAAGCAGAUGAUGAGCUUCCUGGAGGAAGGCCUGAAGCUCUACUUCCCCGAGCUGCACAUGGUGCUGCUGGAGAGCCUGCGAGAGAUCAUCCUGGUGGCCGUGCAGCACGUGGACUACAGCUUACGCUGCGAGCAGGAAGCGGACAAGAAGGCCUUCAUCCUGCAGAACGCCACCUUCCUUCACGACACCGUGCUGCCUGUGGUGGAGCGGAGGUUCGAGGAGGGCGUGGGCAAGCCGGCCAAACAGCUGCAGGACCUGAGGAAGAGCACCAGGCCGGUUCGGGUCAACCCUGAGAGCACCACGUCUGUGGUGUAAAGAGGCUCCUCUCCCAACAGGCAUAGAGGCUGCAGAAUAGGACGGUGGCUAUAAAUAAAACACUAACCUUCACUGACUGUUGCAGCAAUGUAAAGUCCUACUUUUUAGGAGCAAACUCUAAAUUCAUCUGUGAUUUGGCAGCUGCAAAACUGGUUGGAAUGGGCCCAUAUGGAUUAUAAGUGAUUUAUUCCAUAUGUUAGUGGAAAUGCCCUGCUCUGUCUAAGCAGCUGCACAACAGGCACACAAAGCAGAAGUUCAGUGUAGAGGUUAUAGCCAGGAAGCGUGAAAAACAUCAUGAAUCCAUGGUCUCUCAGUGCACAUUUCUAAUUCUAUUUCUGAUCCGAUUAACUAUUGUACAAAGCCCGGAUCCUACUGAAAUUCUGAUUUUGCUGUUGGAUUGCAGAAAGAAAUCAGAAUUAAAUAUGUAUCUGCAUUCUGCCAUACGGAUGUGUUGUUGAUGCCGUCAGCACAAUUAUAAAGUAAUACUAUGAGCUUGUGAGCUGAUUGUCAGGUUAUGUGACACUUACUGUACACUCAGGUGUAUUCAGGCUUAUUGGACAGAAGAAUGACUGAUAAAAGGGAUGACUGAUAAAGCAAAUGCACUUGUAAUUUUGACAAAUUGUCAUCAUUGUCCAAAUGAGAUUGUACAGCCUGUAUGAUAAAAACAAUUAAAUGUCAAAGGACAUUGUGUGUCUUUGUCCAUA